AUGAUUGUUGGAAUAGUAUCCCAGGAGUUAUACCAACAACUUCUGGACCCCAAGAAUUAUCAGAACCGCACAAAUGGCGUAGAAGAGCUCAAGCGAAUCCUUUCGGAAGUAGACUUGAAAUUGGUCCCAUCUGAGAGUAUUGAAGAGUUCAUUAAUUUUCUUACUAGACUUCUCGAUGACAGUAAUUUUAAAGUAUUGUAUGGCACAUUGCAAGUUUUAAACUUACUUAUUGAGAGGUUAGAUGCGAGUAUUCUCAAGUAUAAAAAACAGAUCGCUUUGGUUGGCGUUAAGGCUCUUGGCGACACUCGUACCAUCGCCAGGAAUGAAUACAUGAACAUGUUUCGUCUGAUGAUGAAAACUGUGGCCCCGCAAGAAGUUUUAGAUCUUAUUAUUUGUAACUUGAAACACAAAAAUUCCAGAGUACGGGAGGAUGUUCUUAGUAUCAUCAUUGCAGCUAUGCUCACUCACCCGAGGAAAGAGUUCAACAUCCCCAAGCUUUGUUUUGAAGUUGCACCAUAUCUGGCAGACAGCAAAAGGAAGGUCCGUCACGCUGCCUUGGAGCUGUUUGCAGUUUUUGACUCCUGCUUGGAUAUGGGGAAAAAACAGCCUCUAACAAAAGCUGUGGACAUGGUUGAGCUCAGUGAAGACGCAGAGGGACUUAUGGCAGCUGUACAGGCCAGACGAGCGAGACAUGUUCUUCCAAGACUUUCAGAAGAGGGAGUGGUAGAGUACGGUCUGGUGGUGGCUAAAUCAGGGGUGCACUGCUCCACACAGGGUAGUAGUUCAGGAGCUGAUCUGGACUGGGUGAUGAAUGGAGGACGGAUUAGCAGUGCAAGGAGUCAGCGAACUGAACAGGACUGCGAGCGACUGUAUGGCUAUGGCAGCUUAGGCUCUCUCACUGAUGGACUUCGCUCUCAGAGGAGGAUAGUCAGUGCUGGUAAAGGGAAGAACAAACUUCCAUGGGAAACGCUGAGCAAUUCAUCGAAUGAAAAAAACCAUCAGUGCCGCUCCCCCGACGGAACGUGUUCUGAACAGGCCACAAGUGAAGAAAUUACUUCGCCAUCGAGGAAGUUUAGUCCGGAGACCUACAUACCAACUUUUAGUUCUGCAGAACCACAGACACCCCAAACCUCCAGGAGAAGGAUAGCGCCAGCUCGGAUCAGAAGAAGUGGAAGCCUCAAUUUAGACCCUGACAUCUUUAAAACCACAAACUUUACUGAAUCAGAUAGUGUGUUAUCCAAAGGGCAGUUGCUCUCGAGGAACCCCAGUGUUGAGCGCACACUUUCCCUCCCCACUAACCACACCACAACAAGCUCCUUUCUGCUGCCGUCUUACCCUCUGGCUGCACUCCCAGGAGGCAUGCUGACUCCGACACUAUCCCGUCGCCAUGCCGACUCUUCCCUGUCUAUGUCCAACACCUGGCCCAACAAGCGAGAGAACAGCCCUCACCAGCGAGACACUAGCCCCUGGGGGGACACAGCCCUCAAAGGAGAUCUCUCUAGCAGACACUCUCCUAGGCCGAUUCGCGCCUCCUUAAAGAGUUCCUCGUCAACAUCAUCAUUUCGCAGAGCCCUGAACAGCAGCAGGACAGCCGUCUCCAUUUCACCAGUCGUUCCUUCAGGAGAGCAAUUUUAUAGCACUGACCAGAGUCCCAAUGUAUGCAACAGCCCCCAGAAUCAGCAUCAAGAGAGGGACGUUCAACUAGAGCCUGCUUUCUCUAAAACAACACAGGAUCCUCAGGAGGAGGAUGCUCUUGAUAUGCAGGAGAUGUUGAACUCACUGCGUUCAUUACGCAACAGUGCUGCUAAGAAAAGGGCCAAAUUGAGCCUAAGCGGUUCUGACCCAGACCAGGAAUUACCAGAUUCCUCUGUAAGGUCAUCCCUGGGCCAAGACCUCCCGUUGCACACCUCUCCCAUCCUUACCAGCUCAACCGGUGAAAGCAGCCUUUCCAAUUUGAGUCCCACACCCUCCAGUGUCUUCGGUAAAAGUUCUGGAAGCAUGGCCUCCCCAAGAGUGAAAUCUCGUAUUGCAAGAGUGUCCUAUGCAAACCUAAGGUCUUCUGUGUCCAUGGACGUAAGCAACCCUCCAGGACCAUCUCAAAGUAAUGAACUGUCAUCUGAAGUGGGCGUUGUCGGGCAGAGAGUCACUUACUCCAAUGGAAAAUUCAGAGCUGGUGAAGAUGCGACUGUAUCCUCUCCGCCAUUGGUCAAACCAUUGUUCAGAGUUGUUAAGGCUACAAAAGGAUCAGGAAGCAGUGGAAGCAGAAAUUCACCAACUACAGACAUGCCUGAAGGUGUCAUUGGAAGAGGCAUGUUUGGUACUGCAGUGUCCUCCCUUCGUUCAGAUUUGACCUGGUCACUGGAGAAGGGUGACUUUGUAGACAAACCUACCGUUGACCUCUUGGGAGGCCUCCCUGUUAUCUCCGGUGACCACAAAGGCCGUGACGACCCAUCCCUAGACGAGGUGAAUAAUACAAAAUCCAUCCGGGAGAAGAUUGAGCUGCAGCAUUCAGAUGAGCUUGAUGGGCAGUCCACUCAAAGGGAGAAGAUUCGGUACCGUGUCAGACAGAUGCUCAGUGAUUCACCCAAAGAAGAGAAUAUGGAUAAAAAUCUGCAUUUGAACGGCAGCACAAUCACUUCUUGUAUAGAAGACUUCAACUCGGAAGGGUCACCUAUAAGCCUCAGCAGCUCGGUCAGUCCACCAGGACUACAGAGCCCCGUGAAGUGCCUCACUCCUCCUCAUCAACCGAGCCCCCCCACAGUGCCUCCAAAUCCCCAAAACCUGUCGAGAAUGAGGCGGGCGCCCAGCCUCAAUAGAACGCGCCCCUCACUGUCCCACAGCUCAGAUGAUCUGUCCCCUGAUACCAUGAGCCACAAAAAAAAUGUAUCCCAGCCUCCAGGACUGUCUCCCUUUUCCAAACCGGAUGUGGCGCUGAUGCAGAGCUUUGACUUGCUGAAUACAACAGACUGGGACAAGAAAAUUGAAGGUCUUACACUACUACGCUCUUUGGCUCACUUCCAUUCUGACACACUGCAAAGCAGGAUUCGUGAUGUCUGCCUGUCUCUCAUUGAAGAGGUAAAGAACCUCAGGUCAGGUGUGUCCAGAGCUGCCGUGUGCACGUUGGCCGAUCUUUAUACGCACCUGGAGAAGGCAAUGGACCAGGAGCUGGAUGCGACUGUGAAAUCCUUGCUGGUCAAAGCGGGUGGGAAAGAUGUCUUUAUUAGACAUGAUAUUGAUGCUGCUUUAGACAGCAUGGUGCAGCACUGCACGCCCACAAGAGGCAUUCAUGCUUUACUCUCCGGAGGACUUUGUCAUCCCAGUGGACUGGUAAGGAAUUGCACUGCCCAACACUUGGCCAAUUUGAUAGAAAAGGUCGGAGCCACUCGCCUCCUUUCUGGAGGUAAAGAUUUGACUGAAAGAAUCAUACCUGCGGUCACAAAGUUGUCACAAGACUCCUCACAGGAAGCCAGAUACUACGGCCGCCGGAUGCUUCUGCUCCUGUCCGGCCACCCGGAUUUUGAGAAGAUCCUGGAAAGAAUAAUCCCAUUCAAAUACCUGCAGACUACCAGAGACACCAUCUUAACUCUCAAGACUAAGGGGCUUGGCGAGAUGCCUCAGGAGACCCAGUCAGCCAGAGGUAGACGCUCGCUUCCAGGAAGCGGUACAUUUCGAGCAUUGUCUCUCACCAGAGAACCUCUCAACCACACUGUCAGAAUGUCCAACAGUAAUUACAGCAACAGAUCUCAGGCACUGAAUAUUGAAGACAAGAGUGAAUACAUCAAACACAUAACAGGCCUGCUGGGCUCCAAGGACUUCAGAGAGAGAAUCAAGGGAAUGGACCAGUUAGUGGCCGACUGCGAGCACAACCCCAAAGUUGUCAUCCAAAAUGUAUUCCCGAUUUUUGAUGCGCUGCAGGCUAGGCUGCAGGAGUCCAACACCAAGGUCAACCAAUACGCCCUUGAGUCGCUGCAGAAAAUCAUCCCCCUGUUCAAGGACAACUUGUCUCAAGUGGUUAACAUUCUGGUCCCGGCAAUUGUGGACAAUCACCUCAACUCUAGAAACAACGCCAUCUACUCAGCUGCUACUAGAACCAUUAAUGCACUUAUUUUGAACCUCGAUAACAGUCUCCUCCUGCAGCCUUUUUGCACUAAGGCUCAGUUUGUGAGCGGCAAAGCAAAAGUGGAUCUGGUCGAGAAGGUUGCAGAUAUGGUGAACGAGCUGUACCCCCGGAAGCCCCAAUUGGUGGAGCAGAAGGCGCUUCCCUUGCUGUGGCACCUACUUGGCGCGUCCAGCCACAGCGGUACCGUCCACGGACGCGGAGGCAGCGUACGCGGCGCCACAGCUUGCCUGUGCCGAACUCUUUCCUCCCACAUGGGCCCAGGCCUGAACGACUACGCCGCAGCCCAGUCGGUCAGCAUCCACAAAGGGUUGAAUGAGGUUCUAAAGAACACACCUAAAAGAUAA